CUUCGACACACAAAUUUAUUUUCUGUCAACACUGCAUUGCUCACUGAUUGAAGAUUGUCUUCAUUUCUACUACCACCUUCAUCAAAUCCCCAAAUUCUAGGGUUUUUUAUGUGUUAAAUUGCCCCCCAUUUGACGAUGUUGCGGAGGUCUGCUUUGGCUCUUUCGCGUCGCCGAUUAAGCAUUGGGAGAGUACCAAGACAGUCUUCAAUUUCUCAGAUAUUUACAAAUGUAUGCCCCAAAAGGGAAUUUUCCUCUACUCCCAGGCAGAAUGCAUCACCACGUCCUGGUUCAACAAGCAAGCCGACUGAGACUGGAAAAAAUCUGUCAAAAGUUAUUGUUGGGAGUGUUGCAGUUGGUGCAUGUUUCUACGUAGCUUAUGCAGGAGGCUAUCUAAAUGAUAUUUUAGGCAAAAAGCAGCAGAGUGUGGAUCUAUUAAAGGUUGAUAAUUCAGGUGAUGGAGGCUCACACAAUUUCCAAAACCCUAAAGAGACUAUACCUGUACAUACUAGCAAAGACUCUGAAACUCUCAAUUCUCAUGUGAAUGAUGCCGAGGAAAGGACUGAAAUACAGUCUACCACGGACCAACUUGUAGAUUCUGGCAACUAUGAAGGUGAAAGUGAGUCAUCUUCUAAAAGUUCAUCAGAUUCAACUACAGAAGCAUUUACACAUGCUGAGGAGAAAGAUGUGCCAAAAGCUUUUGAUGAUGUACUUGGAAAAGGAGAAGAGUUGUCCGAACCUUCUUUGGAAGAAACAGCUAAAGAUGAAUAUCCAGGUACUCAAAAAUCAUCUGAAGGUAGUGCAGACACGGAAAAUUCUGGAGAAAGAACUCAGCUUGAGCAGCAUGAGUCUGAUAUAAAACUGCCAAUAAUUGGCGAUGGUGGUGCAGUUUUACAAGGCAGUGAUACGGAUAUAACGGAACUCAAAUUGCAAAAUGAACCAAAAAUUGUACUUGGUCUUGAACAGGAGCCAUCAACAUCCCUUUUAGACACAUAUCAUUUGGAAGACAAGGUUGAUGAUGUUACAUCUCUGGAAGAGACUUCACCUGGUGCAAUUAAAGAUCUGGGUGAUGCUUACAUAUCCAAGGAUGGAAAGUUGAUAUUGGAUUUCUUGCAAGCCAUCCAUGCCGCUGAACAAAGGCAAGCUGAGCUGGAUGCACGUGUCUUUGCUGAAGAAAAGAGGGCUAUGAAGGAAAAAUAUGAGAAAGAGCUGAAGGAUGCAAGGGCAAGAGAACUCAUGUACGCUGAAGAAGCAGCUAUGUUAGAAAAGGAGGUAAAGAAAGAAAGAGCAAAAGCUUCUGCAUCCCUUAAGUCACUUCAGGAAAGAGCUGAAGAGACGCUAAAGAUGGAACUAGAAGAAAAGGCAAGAGAAGCAGAGUCAAAGCUGAAAGAAGUCCAGGAUUUUGCCAAAGCUGAACUAGCUGCUUUGAUUGCUCGGGAAAAGGCAGCGCAGAUUGAGAAGAUGGCUGAAGCAAAUUUAAAUAUUAAUGCCCUGUGCAUGGCUUUCUAUGCACGAUCUGAAGAGGCUCGUCAGACUCACUCCAUUCACAAGCUUGCUUUGGGUGCACUUGCACUGGAAGAUGCACUAACAAAUGGGCUACCUGUUCAGGCCGAAUUAGAUGCACUGCAUGCAUAUAUAGAGAAUGUUGAUAAAGAUUCGUUACUGCAGUUGGCCCUAUCAUCUAUACCCGAAGAUGUUCGGACCCAUGGCACAGAUACUCUUCUACAGUUAAAUCAGAAGUUCAAUUCUUUGAAAGGGAAAUUGCGGCAAUUCAGCUUAAUUCCACCAGAUGGUGGCGGUAUUUUGGCUCACUCCUUAGCUCAUGUAGCAUCCGUUUUGAAGGUCAAGGAAGCUGAUCAAUCUGGGGAUGGUAUUGAGUCUGUGCUAAAUAGAGUUGAGAGCCUAUUAGCCCAAGGGAAGCUCGCGGAAGCGGCUGAUGUGCUUGAGGAUGGUGUUAAAGGCAGCAAAGCCACCGAAGUUGUAGGUGACUGGUUGAGAGGAGCUAGAAACAGAGCCAUCUCUGAGCAAGCUUUGGUUCUCCUUCAGUCGUAUGCUUCUUCUAUCAGCCUUACAUAAUGUCUUGUGCAAACCUGUUAGCAUGUCCUGUAAGUGGUCUUUAUCCCCCCUCCCUCCUGUUAAAACUAAGAGAAAACUCUGUCAUUUGUAGUAGACGGAGUGUUUGAGAAGUUUUUUCUUGCAUUUGAGGGAAUAUAUUGCUUCAGAACACAAUAAAAAGUUGACGGAUCAUACAUUACACUGAUAUACUUGUAUUCUGACAUGUUACUGCUGGUGCGAUUCCAAGGAGAAAUGAGAAGUUUGAAGUUUUGACUCUUAA